AUGAGAGAUCCAUCUAAAAGAAAGUCAAAGAAGAAAGCUCAGAAGCUGAGGGAAACAUAUGUAUCCAGACCACAUGUGCCUCUAGUCUCCACCUCCUCUCCAAGUAAGUCUCAACCCUCUGACUCUCCUACUUUACAAUUAAGGCAAAUGUUUUCUUCUUUACCUCAACCUUCCCCUAUAUAUAGACACUCUGAACCUACAACCUCAACCACAAAUCCCUCUGAAACACCCACAUCUAACCCACCAUCACCUCCCCUUCAAAACUUCAAUCUCACCACCACAACUCUGCAUAUAUAUGAAUCUCAACUUUUUAAUGAACCCAUAUCACCACCCUCCUCCACACCCUCAUCCCCACCUUACUCUACCAUAUCCUCUAAUUCUAACCCAUCUGACCUUCAAUCCACUACUCUUGCUCAACUCCAGCCUCGCACCCUCUCCGCCCAAAACCCACCUGAGCAAGAAACCAACAUUCCUUCACCAUAUGAACAACCACCAACACCAUCCUAUGAACCUCACAUAGAAACCCCCUCUGAAAACCUCAUUACCCAUCAAUCUGAACCUCCAACUGAAACCAUCCUCAUACCACCAACAACUAUAUCUCCCACCUCUGAGACUGAACCCACCUUUCCCACCCUAGAAGAGGCAGUAGCCUUAUUUGCUGAGUCUCUAGUGGAGAAGAUCAAAUCGCCAUCUGAAAACUCUAGAAUCAGUGAUGAUCCCUCUGUUGUGAGGAUUCACUGGAAUAGAGUGAUCAUAUGGAUCAUAUCUGAGGCUUUCAAACUGAAAGGCCUCUCUUAA